AUGUCAGGCCGCAAAGGUGGCAAGAGGAAGCCCCUGAAGCAGCCCAUGAAGCAGGCCGAGGAAGAUGAGGCUUUCAAGCAGAAACAGAAAGAGGAGCAGAAGAAACCCGGGGAGCUAAAAGCCAAGGCCACAGGUGGAAUUAAGAAAUCUGGCAAAAAGUAA